UUUGACAAACAAACCUAAGAAAUUUGACAAGUAAAAUAUAUUACAGCAAAAUAACAAGAAAAUAAUGAAAUAUCGCAAAAUAUUAAUAAGAUAUAAUUAUUUUUAAUUCAUUUAUAAGUGAACGAUACUAAAAAUAACUCUAAUUUGAAGAAAAACAGAUAACAUCGAAGAAUUUUGUUAAAAUGGCUCUCAACUUUGUUCGUCAAUUUGUUAGGCCAGCUGGGGCCCUGGGAGUAAAUAAAUGCAAUAAUAUUAACAAUAUUCCAUACAGAUAUUUGACUAUAACUGAACCAACUCGGUUGGGCAUGAUACCCAUUGUAGUUGAACAAACAGGGCGCGGUGAGAGGGCCUACGACAUCUACUCAAGGCUUCUAAGAGAACGAAUAAUCUGCCUCAUGGGCCCUAUAAAUGACGAAAUUAGCUCUUUAGUGGUCGCACAACUUCUAUUUCUGCAAUCUGAAUCUAGUAAAAAGCCUGUACAUUUGUAUAUUAAUUCUCCAGGAGGUAAUGUAACAUCAGGUCUUGGUAUAUAUGACACAAUGCAGUACAUUACACCUCCAGUGGCAACAUGGUGCGUAGGGCAAGCUUGCAGUAUGGCGUCGCUGUUAUUAGCUGCUGGAGCUCCAGGUAUGAGACAUGCUCUUCCUAACUCCCGUAUAAUGAUCCAUCAACCAUCUGGAGGUGUGAGAGGUCAGGCAACAGAUAUACAAAUACAAGCAGAAGAGAUAUUGAAAUUAAAAUCACAGAUAAAUACACUUUAUGUCAGGCAUACUGGAUUAGAAAAAGAAAAAGUGCAGACAUCGAUGGAACGUGAUUAUUUUAUGUCACCAACUGAGGCAAAGGCAUUUGGACUAAUUGACAAUGUUCUAGAACACCCUCCUUCCCAUGCCAUGGAGAAGGAAUGUGCUACAUCUGGUGGCAGCACACCGGCUGCAAGUAAUUGAUCUUACCUAAUAUAUGUGACACAUGUAAUAAUGUAAACACUUGUUAUGUUGAAAUAAAGACUGUAUAUUUUGGGUA